CGUCGAGAUCGGGGGGCGGAUGAGCCUGGCGUGAAUUACGUACGGGUUGAGAUUUCAGCUGCGGUCUUAUACUUUGUGACAACAUCAGGGUUCUGAAUGGUGGGGUCGACUUGCUGUUGCUGAGCGUCUGCCAUGGUGUUUUGCAAGAAAGGAAGAAGGAAAGAUUUUUCGACACCGUGAAGGCUGAAAUGCAACACAGUCACAACUUUUUCGCCUUCUUACUGUGUUGAAAUCCGACUCCCAACUUAUACCAGCUUUAUCAAACCAGAAUGCCAGCAGUGACUACUGCCAAAUUGCAGGAGCUGCAAAGCACUUGCAAGAACAUUCGUAAUAUAUGUAUCUUAGCUCAUGUGGAUCACGGCAAAACAACCCUUUCCGACUCAUUGCUCGCAUCCAACGGCAUUAUCUCCAGCAAACUCGCUGGUAAAGUUCGGUAUUUGGAUUCACGAGAAGACGAACAAGAACGAGGCAUCACCAUGGAAUCGAGUGGUAUCAGUUUGUAUUUCCAAGUACUGAAAGCCAUCAUGCAAGGCGAAGAACAAAAGACCAUUUCUACUGAGUACCUCGUGAAUUUGAUUGAUUCACCCGGGCAUGUGGAUUUUUCGUCCGAAGUAUCGACAGCCUCUCGAUUAUGCGAUGGUGCGCUGGUCCUUAUUGAUGCCAUUGAAGGAAUUUGUACGCAGACAAUUACCGUGCUGCGGCAGGCAUGGGCUGAAAAAGUUCGACCCAUUUUGGUUCUCAACAAAAUCGAUAGACUGAUCACCGAAAUUCAGCUCACACCAAUGGAGGCGUAUCAGCAUCUUAAUAAGAUCUUAGAACAAGCCAAUGCUAUCAUGGCCACCUUUUUAACUGGAGAUCAGAUGGCUCAAGAGGCUCGCAAGGUAGAAGAAGAGAAGCGAAAACGAUCCACUAAGGACAGUGUAGAGGAUAUGGCGAAUCAAAUGUAUGAUUGGAGUAUGGAAGAGUUGGACGAUUCCGAUAUCUACUUUGAUCCCGCAGUUGGCAACGUCAUUUUUUCUAGUGCCAUUGAUGGAUGGGCUUUCAGAAUUCAGCAAUUCGCCACCAUUUACGCUAAAAAACUUGGGUUCAAGGAAUCCGCACUUCGAAAAUGUCUGUGGGGAGAUUUCUACUUUGAUCCAAAGUCAAAGCGAGUGAUUCAACAAAAACAUCUCAAGGGACGAAACUUGAAGCCAAUGUUUGUUCAAUUUGUGCUGGACAAUAUAUGGGCUGUCUAUCAAAAUGUGGUGGUCGAGCCUAAUCGCGAACGAACAGAGAAAAUUGUCUCAUCCCUUAAUCUCAAGAUCCUUCCAAGAGAUAUGCGCUCAAAAGACACCAGAGUUCUUCUCACCGCAAUCAUGACACAAUGGUUACCCUUAGCAACGGCUAUCUUACUCACCAUCAUUGAGCAACUACCAUCACCAGAUGUUGCACAAAGGAUACGGUUACCAAAGGUUUUAUACCCAUUUGCAGAAGGCGAAGUACAGCCUUCCAAUGAGGCUGAGAAAGCUAUGUUCGAAUGUGAUCAAUCCGAAAGUGCACCUGCCAUUGCCUACGUCAGUAAAAUGUUUGCAGUGCCUACCGAAGCCCUGCCUGAGAACCGCCGCAAGCUAUUGACAGCGGAAGAAUUACGUGAACGCGGAAGACUUCAUCGUGCCGCUCUUAAGGCUGCUGCUGAAGGCAGUGCUACUGUAGAUUUGAGUGUCAGCAAUGACGAUGCCCCUGUCGAUGUUCCUGCUUCUCCAGAGCCUGAAAAUUCCUAUGUUGAAAAAAACGAAGAAACGUUGAUUGGAUUUUCACGUUUGUAUUCUGGCACACUGAAGGUUGGUCAGAAGAUCUAUGUACUUGGACCAAAGUACAAGCCGCAAGACCCAGAAAAGCACUGUUCAGAGAUCACCGUUAAGAGCUUAUAUAUGAUUAUGGGGAGAGAACUGGAAUCUUUGCCUGAGGUAGCAGCUGGAAAUGUAUUCGGCAUCGGCGGCCUUGAAGGUCAUGUGUUGAAGAAUGCCACACUGAGUACUACCAAGGACGUUACCAACUUGGCAGGCGUUGCAACCGAUAGCGCACCUAUUGUCCGUGUUGCUUUAGAACCCGAAGAUUUAUCUGAAAUGGACAAGCUCGUCAAAGGUCUUCGCCUACUUAAUCAAGCUGAUCCUUGUGUUGAGGUCAUGCUGCAAGAAACGGGAGAGCAUGUCAUUAUGGGAGCUGGCGAAUUGCAUUUGGAGCGCUGCCUUAAGGACCUUCGUGAACGAUUUGCUAAAAUUGCUAUCCAUGUUUCACCACCCAUUGUGCCUUUCCGUGAAUCCAUCGUUAGUGGAGAUCUAUCUGCCAACAAGGAAAAGGAUGGCGUGACGGUCCCCCGAGGCACAGUGACAGUGCCAAUACCAAGCAAAUACCUCAGUCUCAAAAUAAGAGCUGUCCCUCUACCCAAGAAUGUGAUGGAACUGCUCGCAUCUCACACAGCUACUAUUAAGCAUAUUGUGGAACAGAAAAUUGCUCGCAGAAAUGCGCAAAAGCAAAACAAGGACGUUGAUAUCGAAGAGAUCAAAGCGGAUAACAUUACGGGUGAGCUUUCCGAACAGAAGAUUCUGUCUGCUGCCGAAUUCCAAGACAUGUUGAAGAAGGAGUUCCAGAUUGCUCAGGCUCAAGGUGGUCCUUUGGCUUCUCUAUGGGAUGGCAUUGUUGACCAAAUAUGGUCAUUUGGACCGAAGCGAGUGGGACCCAAUCUUCUUAUCAAUCGCAUACCUGGUUAUGUCAGAAAGCACUUCUUCGAUGUCGACGCUGAGAAGUCACAGAAGCAAUCUGACGGAAAGGAAGACAACUUAGUGGAUGAUGAAGUGGUCGAUGUCAUUCAAAAAGACGAGCGACUUGGCAUUUUAGACGUGGACUUUAAUAUCCAUACCGCCUUCCAGCUUUCAACUCUCACUGGUACGCUUUGUGCCGAGCCUAUGCUUGGUGUAUGCUACAUUGUUGAAGACGUUAUUGUGAACAGCGACGAGAUGGUCGGUCCGUCAGGAGAAUCAAUUGAUGUUCGAUCCAAGAUCGGUGUCAUUCAAGGUCAAGUCAUUUCCACCAUGCGUGAAGCCUGCCGACAGAGUUUCUUGGAUUGGUCUCCAAGACUUUACCUUGCCAUGUAUUCAUGCGAUAUCCAAGCAUCAGCUGAGGUGCUCGGUAAAGUUUAUGGAGUUAUCUCAAAGAGACGUGGGCGAAUUGUACAUGAAGACUUGAAGGACGGUACCUCAUUCUGGCAAAUCAGUUCGCGCAUGCCAGUUGUGGAAAGUUUCGGCUUCUCUGACGAGAUUCGAAAGAGGACUUCAGGCGCAGCCAGUCCUCAGCUUGUGUUCAGUGGGUUUGAAAUGCUGGACCAAGAUCCCUUCUGGGUGCCUACUUCUGAGGAGGAAUUGGAAGACCUCGGAGAGAAGGCGGACCGAGAAAACUUAGCUAAGAAGUACAUGGAUUCUGUUCGCAAGCGCAAAGGCAUGUUCGUAGAGAAGAAAAUUGUUGAGCAUGCCGAGAAGCAGCGAACACUGAAGAAGAACUAGAUAAAAAAAAGUACAUAAAGUUAUCUGUAACCAUGGUUCAUUGUUGGUUGCUAGGCACCACCAUCGUAGCGCAGUCAUCAAAGGCUCAGCAUUUCUCGCAUGUUGGGAACACAAACAC